GAGGAGCCGCUCAGGGCUCGGGGUGGCCGCUGUGGGCACGGCCCGAGCGGGCCGACUGGCCCCGACAGCCGACACGGGGCCCCUUGGGGAGCGGCCGAGCGGGGUGAGGCGGGGCCGCACGGCGUCCUGAUUUGAAGAUGUCUAAAAAGAAGCUGAAGAAAACAGCUGGAAAGGAAGCCUCUUUGGAUGGCCAGGAUGACAAAAGCUCUGAAGACACAAGAUCUUACAAGCACACUGUGAAAGGAGAAACAGAACUUCAGAGCUCCAAACGAGAGAAAGAUGGGCAAGAGAAGAAGCGACACCGAAGUUCUCGUGCUUUUCAUGAUGCAGAUGGAAAAUCCCAGGAAAAAUCUCCAAAGAGAAGCAAAACCCUGGAUGGUUCUUCAAUUCAAACUGGAAAGCAGAAGAAAAUAGUGAUACAGUUUAAAGCCAAAGAAAUCAAACAUGGCAAAACCACCCGCACUCCUGAUGUGGUGACUGCCUGCAAUGAAGGAAGUCGAAUUGGUGGAAAAGAAGGAAAAAAGCUCUGGCACAGCUUUGAACUUCAGAGGGACAAGGUGCUGAAGAAAAAGAGAGAGAAAGCUGAACUCUGUAACAAACUCAAGCUAAAAGCAGAACAAGCUAUGAUAGAAAAGUUUAAGUCCUCUGUGUACGAGGUACCACAUAAAAAGGCAGAGGGCUCAAAAAAACGGAGUGAAGAUGUCAGAAUUCCCAAAAAGCCACCUGACAGCUGUGCAGGAACUAGGCAUGAUGAUAGGCCUGCCAAUAAGGAUCCAUCUACCUUCUGGGAAGAAGAGGAGGAAGAAGAACAUAAGGACUUUGCUGUGAAAAAGAGGUACAUGAGUAAACACAGAUCAUCACACUCCUCAUCUGAAACUCUGCCACGAUGGGACUCUCGGAAGCAUAAAAAACAUGGGACUGGUUCUCCUAAAGCUCCUAAGCACUCAGGACCUAAAGGAGACUUGGAAGCCACAGCACUGUGUUUUAAGCAGAACGUUAAGGUCCCUUGCACAUGUGACUCCUGCCAGGAAGGUGAGGUCACAAAGUCUGUGCCUGUCCCAAAGAGCUCUGAAGACUUUGCACCCCUUCAAGACAAUCAGAGCACAGAAACAGACCAAGAGAUGCAGAUAGUUGAAGACUUGCAUGUUGCUCGUGUGGAGAAGAGGAUGGCCCUGUCUGUAGUACAGACCUGUGGAGAACUUACAAGCAUGGAGAUAGAUCUUCCAGAACAGGAUUUAAAUAUUUCUGCCGGGUCUUCUAGUUCUGGUCUGAACAUCCUAGUGGUGAUUGACACAAAUAUAAUGAUUAGUCACCUUGAGUUUGUGAAAUCCCUGAAAUCUGAGGAUAUACCAGGAGUUGAUAGACUUGCAUUAAUAAUUCCUUGGGUCGUCCUACAAGAGCUGGACAACUUGAAGAAGGGGAGAAUGUUGCAGCAUGUUCGGGACAAAGCUAUCCCUGCAGUGCAGUUCAUCUACAAGUGUCUCAAGAGCCAGGAUUCCAAGCUGUGGGGGCAAUCCAUGCAGCUGGCUUCUCAAAAAAUGUAUGGGCUGAGCGAUGAGAACAAUGAUGACCGCGUCCUGCAGUGCUGCCUGCAGUACCAGAAGCUCUUCCCACAAGCUCUUGUUGUCCUCUGCACGGAUGAUAAAAAUUUGUGUAAUAAAGCCAUUGUGAGUGAGGUCAAGGCAUUCUGCAAAGCUGAUCUAGUCACUGCUCUGCAGAAUGUGAAUGCGAAUAGGCCCCAGAACUCUGAGGAGCUGCAGCAGCCAAAGCAGGAUACAGAAUUUGGGAAGAGAAGAGGAAAUGCUGCGCAGUUCCCAAAUGUGCUUCCAGACCUUGAAAGGAACUUAGGAGAAGCUUUGUCUUGUAUUUUGGAGACUGAAAUGAAACUUGCCUUUGGAAACCUGUGGAUGGAGAUCCUGUAUCUGAAGCCACCAUGGACCUUGGCAAAUCUGCUGAAAUGUUACAAAAAACACUGGAUGGCUGUUUUUGGUUAUGUGGUGCCAAGGAGUUUACUUUCAACCAUUGAAUAUCUUUCUAAACACCUUUAUGCAGAUAAGCCAUUUGACUCCUCAACAGUGUGUAUCCUGCUCCAGGAAUCCAAAAACCUGCUCCAUGCUUUCAGCUGCAGGUCAGACUACAACGGUGUCCUGCCCCAGGCUUAUGCUGAAGUUACAAAACUGUGUGAGACCCUUGGGGAGGUGAGGGCAGACAGUGAGCAGGAUUUAUCAGAAGACAUCAUGGUUCUUUCAGAAAAUGCUGCAUGUGAAAAAAUGGAAGCCACAAUGCCCAGUCUGCAAAGCACUGAGGAAAAAGAGCUACAUCCCAGCUUUCAUGUGGCUCAGGAAAACAGGCACCAGGAAAUCUGGUCAGUCCUGGAAGGUGUUUGGAACACCAUGAACUUGUACAGUAUUGAGCUAUUCCAGAAGCUGGACCCCAGUGCAGUGACCAUGGCUUCCAAGGCCUCAUUUGAGGAGGCUUUUUUGGGCCUGCAGAAGCUGUUGGCAGCAGUGAAGGACAUCCGUGAGAGCAUUGGCAGAAUUUUGACCCCAACCAGCAGUUUCCAAGAUAUUUGGACCCUCUAUAGCUUUCUCAGAAGACAUGAGAUCAAUAACAGUCUGAAAUUCACUGCUGAGGAGCUGUAUGCGUGUGUUUCACAGGAGCUGUACAGGGAGAGGCUGGAAGUGGGCUGCUGCCAGCUGGCACAGCUGGAACAGACAGUGGAGCAGUGCCAAGCGUCCGUGCAAAGGGAGGCCGAGAGCCGGGGCUGGCUCUGACCCGGGCUCAGCCGCCUGAGCUCCGCCUCCUCAGGGGGAGGAGGGAGAAGUGCUGGAGGAGUCAAAAACGUGCCGGCUUUCCUUCCUCGACGGUGCUGGUUUGGGUGGAAGAGAAAACACAGUUCCACGUGGACAUUAAAUGUCGGGAUUUCUGCUGAGAAUUCUAUUCACUGCUAGAAUGUUUUGUCUUGAGUGAGGGUUCCUAUCUGCUGGAUAGGCAUGGGUAACCAGGGGAAGCAGGGCUGGUUUGGGAUGCAGCUGCUCUGAGCAUUCAGUGUUCCUGUGAGGAGCUGAGCUGUUAAGGGUUGUAUUGGAGAAAGGAAUCUGUUUUGUCACCCAGGGACUCAGAGGGCAGGAAGUAGCUGAGUGCAAGGCCAGGAAUGAAGGAGUGACCCGCAGAGCCAGCCUCUGUGUCUUGUGCAGUGAUGGUUUAAGAGAGAAUGUAGAAUGGGCAGAGGAGCAGAUUGAUGCUCGUUUUUGCUUAAAGACAAAACACUCCCCCCCACCCUCAUGCAGGCAUUUGUCACAGACCCCUUUUCAGAGGAAAAGGGUGUUUCUCCUUUGUUUAAGCAGGAAUUUUAUUUUCAUACAGUGGAAAUCUGGUACCAGUGCUCUUGGGGAAACUCCUUAUCCUGCUCUUGCCACAUCCUCCUGGAAGGUGGGCCUGGUCAGCGCUCUCUGGCUGUACUCUUGGUUGCUUUAAGUCCAUCAAACUUCCCAAAAGCCAUUUUCUAAGGCCUUUAAUCCUACCUCUUCUUGUAUGUAUGUGUACAGAGAUUAGCUGACUGGCAAAGUUAUGAAGUCUAUUUUGAUAUUAACUUUUGGAUGUAUUUGUAAAUUCUUGCUUGUAAAAAAUGUAAUUUAUUGGUACAUUAAACAGUUCUUAAUUCUGA